UGAAGCUGUAAGCUACAGUGACUCUGUCUUGUGGGCUCCAGACUCUGUAAUCAGCUCUUUCAUGCAUCAUAUGUUUCAGGAGCUUUUGGAACAGAGUGGAGUAUGAAGUACAACCAACAGGAAAUAUGUGCUUUAAAAGGAUCCACAGUGUUUAUGAAUGGAACUUAUACUCACCCAGAAGGUCUUACAGUGACAGAGACUUUUUGGACUAUAGACCUAGAUAAUAUACCUGAUCUGAGUAAAGACCCAGAUUAUUCAGGCAGAGUUGAGUGUUUAACUGAUCAACAGAAACACUUCUCCCUCAAACUGAGUGAUGUAAUGAAGAAGGACGAACAUCAGUACUACUUCAGAAUCAGAACAAAUGUGGAUAAAGAAAGAUGGCUGGGUAAACCUGGAGUUCAGCUCAGAGUUACAGAGCUCCAUGUGCAAAGUCCUUCUGAAGUGACAGAGGGACAAACAGCAGAUCUGACAUGUAAAACCACCUGCAGACUGACUGACCCAACAUUCAUCUGGUACAAAAAUGGACAUCCUUUAACCACAAAGACCAUCAAGAACAACCAGCUCCACCUGCAGACAGUCAGCAGUGAGGAUGCAGGCAGUUAUAGCUGUGCUGUAAGAGGAUAUCAACACCUCCACUCUACUGCUCACAACCUCAGAGUCAGAUAUCCUCCAAAGAAUGUUUCAGUGUCCAUCAGUUCUUCUGGAGAUGCACUGGUGGGCUUUUCAGUGACUCUGACCUGCAGCAGUGAUGCAAACCCACCUGUGAAGAACUACACCUGGUUUAAAGAACGGGAAACCUCAGCUGUAGGAUCUGGACACAGUUACAGUCCUCUACAGAGUGGAUCUUACUGCUGUGAGGCUCAGAAUCAACAUGGAUAUCAGAGAUCAGAUCUGGUGCCAGUUGUUUUACAUGGUUACUCAGUAAUUCUGUAUGGAGUUGCUGGAGUUGGACUUUGUGGGGUUGCAGUUUUUCUCACUGUGUUUUUCUGGAUGAGGUGA